CGUGGACAAGAAAGCGAGCCUACAUUCCUACUUUCCUUGGCCUUUCCCCCACCCCCCUUCCGAGCUUCCUCUGGGCGUUACUGGAGUCUUGAAAACUACUGUGCGAAUGAGUGACUGAUCUCAAAUUUGCUUUUUCAGGGCAGAAUGGGUGUGUGUCCCUUGCUCCUGCUGCUAGGUCUAGCCCUCAGGGUCUCAACCCAGGAUCAUGUCCCGGUCACAAGUGCUCCAAAUAUUUCUGCAAAAUCGACACAACCCCCCACUGUACAUGUCAUCAACAUCACAGUUGCACCCACACUAUCCCCCACAGUCCCAUCUGCAACACUGCCCCUUGGAGUCACACCGACGACAACAAUAUCAAGUCCAGCUCCGACUGUUGGUCCUCUGCCAACACACAGCCCAGAGACUUCCUCUCCUACCACCUCAGUCGGCAGUGAGAAUGGGACGACCGCAUCCGUUUCAGACACCCCUACUACUGAAACAUAUUUUCAAGACGAUGAUUACUCUACAAUGGAGACAGAGACCACUACACCUGACAUGGAUUUCACCUCAGAUGCUAGCCCACAUGAUAACAAUCCUCCUGAUGACAUGCCAAUCAUAGCGGUGAUGGUGGCCCUGUCUUCCUUAUUGGUCAUUAUCUUUAUCAUCAUCAUCCUCUACAUGCUCAGGUUUAAAAAAUACAAGCAGGCAGGAAGCCACUCCAAUUCUUUUAGAUUGACCAAUGGAAGAUCAGAAGAUACAGAACUCCAGAGUGUGCCACUAUUGGCCCGUUCACCCAGCACAAACAGGAAGUACCCACCCCUUCCUGUCGACAAGCUUGAGGAAGAAAUGAACCGUCGUAUGGCUGAUGACAACAAGUUGUUCAGGGAGGAGUUUAAUGCUCUACCAGUCUGCCCCAUUCAGGCAACGUGUGACGCAGCAUCCAAGGAAGAGAAUAAAGAAAAAAACAGAUAUGUCAACAUCCUUCCGUAUGAUCACUCCCGGGUGCAUCUCUCAUCCCUGGAAGGAGUACCAGACUCUGACUUCAUCAAUGCCUCCUUUAUAAAUGGUUACCAGGAGAAGAAUAAGUUUGUUGCAGCUCAAGGACCGAAGGAGGAAACAGUAAAUGACUAUUGGCGGAUGAUCUGGGAGCAGAACACAGCCACCAUUGUCAUGGUGACCAAUCUGAAGGAGAGGAAAGAGUGUAAGUGUGCCCAGUACUGGCCGGACCAGGGCUGUUGGACAUACGGGAACAUCCGUGUUUCUGUGGAAGACACAAUGGUUCUCGUAGAUUACACCAUCCGCAAGUUUUGCAUCCAGCAGGUUGGGGAUAUAUCUGGAAAAAAGCCACAAAGGCUAGUCACUCAGUUCCACUUCACCAGCUGGCCAGAUUUCGGUGUUCCUUUCACCCCCAUUGGUAUGCUGAAGUUUCUCAAGAAAGUCAAAACCUACAACCCUCAAUAUGCUGGGCCCAUUGUGGUCCACUGCAGCGCGGGAGUAGGAAGAACAGGUACAUUCAUUGUGAUAGAUGCCAUGUUGGACAUGAUGAACACCGAGAGAAAGGUGGAUGUGUUCGGCUUUGUCACCAGGAUUAGAGCCCAGAGAUGUCAGAUGGUCCAGACUGAUAUGCAGUACGUUUUCAUCUUCCAAGCGUUGUUAGAGCACUAUUUGUACGGAGACACUGAACUGGAGGUGACCUCUCUGGAGUCCCACCUGGCUAAAUUGUACACCACUUCACCAGGAGCUGGCUGCAGUGGUUUGGAAGCUGAAUUCAAGAAACUGACAUCCAUCAAGAUCCAGAAUGACAAGAUGAGAACGGGCAAUCUGCCUGCCAACAUGAAGAAGAACAGAGUACUACAGAUCAUUCCAUACGAGUUCAACAGAGUGAUCAUUCCAGUGAAACGAGGAGAAGAGAACACUGACUAUGUCAAUGCAUCUUUUAUUGACGGCUAUCGCCAGAAAGAUUCAUACAUGGCAAGCCAAGGCCCCUUGCAGCACACCAUUGAGGACUUCUGGAGGAUGAUCUGGGAAUGGAGAAGCUGCUCAAUAGUCAUGCUCACUGAGCUGGAGGAGAGAGGGCAGGAAAAGUGUGCUCAGUAUUGGCCCAGUGAUGGAGUGGUGGCCUAUGGGGACAUCUCUAUUGAACUUAAAAGGGAGGAAGAGAGUGAGAGCUAUACAGUGCGUGACCUCAUGGUUACCAACAACAGGGAGAACAAGGCUCGAGCAGUGCGUCAGUUUCAUUUCCAUGGAUGGCCAGAAGUGGGCAUUCCUACUGAUGGUAAAGGCAUGAUCAAUAUAAUAGCAGCAGUGCAGAAACAGCAACAGCAGUCUGGCAACCAUCCUAUCACAGUGCACUGCAGUGCUGGUGCAGGCCGGACAGGGACAUUCUGUGCAUUGAGUACAGUCCUGGAGAGGGUGAAGGCAGAAGGCAUUCUGGAUGUUUUCCAAACGGUCAAGAGCCUCAGAUUGCAGAGACCCCACAUGGUGCAGACAAUGGAGCAGUACGAGUUCUGCUACAAAGUGGUCCAGGAGUAUAUCGAUGCCUUUUCUGACUACGCCAAUUUCAAAUAGAGACCCAGAAUGGAUGGCAACACAUCAUACUAACACCACAUGCAUGCACCAGAACACACACAAACAUGACCAUGCAGAAAGCUGCAUUCUUCCCUCUGGAGGAUUGUUUUCCUUUUUUAAGUGACACAUCACAAUGUUGUUCUGUGGAUGGAACGAACUGCCUGCAGAAAAAGGGAACCAAGAUUUCAGUCGGGUCACAGGGCAGUGCAUUUUGGACAGAGAGAAAAGAGAUGCCUUCUUGAGUAUUUUGUAACAUUGUUUUUGUUGUUUAUACAGCCCCCGAUGUGCUUACAUCCACAUACAGUGUUGCAUUGUUUAACUUUUAGUUCUGGACACAGUUUUGAGUUCGGCUGCAUUUUUGGGUGGCACCUGUAAAGUAUUUUAUGAAAAAUCUAUAUGAAUAUAAAACUAAUGCUUUGGAGGUUUAUGUAAAAUAUUGCUUUUUUUUUUACUCAUUAAGGACUGAAAAAUGUAAAAGCUUUUGGCUUUGCCAGAGCCACACUGUAGUUGUGCGGUGGCAAAGGUUUAAGCUGAACUUCAAACUUUGAUAAACGGCACAAGCAGAUCAUUUUGUCGUCACAGAAUUAAUUGUUAAUAUAAAUGAAAUGUAAAAUAUUUCACACCGCGUGCUAUUCGAAUCUACCAAUCCCUAAAUACAC